GCUUCCAUGCCCGCCCUUUCAUACCAGCCCCUCAGUGGAUAGGUCAGGGCCGUCGAUAUGUAGUGGUCCGGGCGCGUGCAUGAUCACGGGUCUACCUUUGGCGCAUGAUGCCGUCCCCGAACCCCAGAUUCCAGCUCAGACGAUAUUGCGGAGCCAGCACCGCUCGGCUCCGGAGCAGCUGCCAACGCCACCGAGAUUACGGAACUCCAGAAAAAGAGUGUUUGUGCUGGAUACUAUGAACUCCUAAGCACGUCACCAUUUUAUUCGUUGCUAG